AGGAUGAAGUGCAUUGUGGUCCUACUGAUUGGCGUCUCCAUUGGGUGGGUCCAUUCCUGCAACGUCCCCCCCGGAGACGUGAAUCUGGCAGUAUUGGGAGUGGCCACACAGAGCUCAACGUAUAGACCCGAGUACGGCGCUGGUAACGCUAAUGAUGGCGACACGACCUCAAAUAUGAGGUACGGCUCAUGUUCCCUCACCGGUAGUGACAACCCGGCUUGGUGGCGGCUGGACUUGACGAAGUGCUACAAAGUGGAGAAAGUGGUGAUAGUGAACAGAGGGGACUGCUGCUGGGAGCGCCUGUUGGGAGCCGAGGUCCGCGUUGGAGAUUCAGCCGAUAAUAACAACCCAGUAUGCGACACCAUAACCGACGAUUCCGAGGAAACCAUCACUGUGUUCUGUAAAGGGAAGGAGGGUCGAUAUGUCUCUGUGGUUAUUCCCGGGCGCGAGGAAAAUCUCCAACUGUGUGAAGUGGAGGUUUAUUAGCAAGAAGCUAAAGCCAUAUAUGUGCUACUCGGCCCUCGCCGGCCCAUAACUAAACCCCUUCCCCACACACCCGUUUGUGUUAUUUCUUUGCAAUGUCAUGAGAAAUGAACCUUCUCAGCCCCCAUACACUGUGUCCCCUCAUAUAUCUGCACUGGGAACUGACAGAAUGGAUUAAAUCAGAAAUGUAUCUCUUCCCCCCCCAUGGGUUUUAUUCUCUCAAUAAAAUGAUUGGCUGUAAA